AUGGGCAGCGCCAGCGCCGGCUCGUACACCGACGCCGCCAAGCGGCUGGCGGGGCGGUCUGUGUAUGCGAUCGGCAGUGGAAUCGUGGCCGGGUCGCGCCUGGUGGCUAAGGGCGUCAGCGCACUCACCACAGACACCAGCGACAAGGAGCCCGUCCGCUUCCUCAAGUUUGCUCACCUGGAGCUGGGUGCUGGCGCCGCGGGGCUGAGCUGCGGCGCCGGCGGCGAGCGGCUGCCGGUGCUGCUGAUCGGUCUGGCCACCGGAUUUCAGGUGUGGCGGCUGGAUGGCGCCAAUCCCGCCGAGCUGGUCUCCCGCCGCGACGGGCCCGCCAAGCUGCUGGAGGCCCUGCCCGAGCCCCGCCCCAGCGACUGCUCAGCGGCAGAGGAUGCGCUGCGAGGCGACCGCCCGCUGCUGGCGGUGGUGCCCGCGCCUGAGACGCCCGCCUCGCUGCCUGCGGCAGCUGGCGGGUCCGGCCAGAAGCAGCCGCCGCCGCAGCAGCAGCAUAGCCUGCUGCUGUACAGCCUGCGCUCCCACGGCUACGUGCGCACCCUCAGCUUUGGCGGGGAGGUGCUGGCGGUGCAGGCCAGUGGCCGGGUGGUGGUGGUGGCGCUGCGAGGCCAGCUGCAGGCCUUUGACGCCUGCACCCUGCACCACACAUUCAGCUGCCUGACCUACACGCCGCCGGCGCCGCUGCCGCUGGCCCAGGCCAGCUCUGGCACCCGCAGCCGGCAGCAGCGGCAGCAGCAGUUUGUGACAGACGGCCUCGUCAGCAGCGCCGCCAGCGACGGCUCGCAGCACCAGCACCACCAGCAGGCGGCGGCAGCAGGGUCGCCGCGCGCCGGUGCGGCCCAGGCGGCCGCGGCAGCAGGCCUGGCGCCCUUUGCGCUGGGCCCCCGCUGGCUGGCCUAUGCAGCAGACACGCCUGUGCCUCAGGCCAGCGGCCAGGCCGUGGCGCAGCGCCUGCCUCUGGCGCGCCGCGACAGCGCCGGCUCCAGCGGCGGCGGCGGAAGGAGCGCCAGCGGGGCGCUGGAUGGCGAGGGCGCGCAGCUGGGCAGCAGCCCGAGUGCCGCCGCCCGUGCCAACGGCCUCACCAAGGCUGCGGCGGCGGCGCGCGGCGGGCAGCAGCUCAAGGCGGGGAUCAGCGCCGUGGGCAGCGCCAGCUUCAAGUAUCUGUCCGGCCAGUACCAGACCUGGCGCCAGGGGCAGCAGCAGCAGCGGGAUGUGGAUGCGCAGGAGGCCGACGCCGCGGUGGCGGGCACGGUGGUGGUGCGCGACGCUGCCAGCCGCCUGGUGGUGGCUCACUUCCGCGCCCACACCUCCCCCCUGGCAGCCCUGCGCUUCAGCCCGUCCGGCACGCUGCUGGCCACCGCCUCUGUGGCGGGCCACAGCAUCAACCUGUUCCGCAUUGUGCCUCCGGCGCCGGGGGCGGAGGGGGCAGAAGGGCUGGGCGGCGGUACGGGGCAUGCGGUGUAUGUGUACCGCCUGUACCGCGGCGUCACGCCCGCCGCCAUCAGGGACAUUGCCAUCGCGCCCGAUGCUGCCUGGGUGGCGGCCAGCAGCGGGCGCGGCACCACGCACCUCUUCCACACCCCCGCCGCCGCUCCCGGGGCCAGGCAGCCGGCGGCGGCGGGGGUGUGGAAGAGGUGCGUGGUGCCGCGCCCGCUGCUGGCCGCCACCCAGGCAGCAUCGGGCGCGAUGGCAAUGUCCCUGAUGGCGGCGGGCGUGACGCCGCGGAACCUGUACGGCAGCCAGCACUCUGAUGCCGCCCCCAUCGCCGCCGCCUUCCUGGCAGCAGCGCCCGGCAGCCCCUCAGCGGCCCCCGGCAGCGCCAGCAGCGCCAGCAGCAGCCUGCUUGUGGUCACUCCUGACGGCCUGCUGACGCGCCACCUGCUGCGGGCGCCGUCACCACAGGACCCGCCCGGCGGCGCAGGCGCCGCCGUCGCUGCUGACGCGCGCGGCAGCGGCACGCCUGGCGGCGGCGCCGCGCUGGGGCUGGACGGGCAGCAGGACGCGGCUGCUGCCGCUGCGGCGGCAGCUGCUGUCCUGGAGGAAGCUGACCGAUGGGAUGUGGCCCGCGCUGGAAGCUGGCCGGAACGUGAGGAGCUGCUGCCCGCUGCAGCGGCCUCGCAGGAGGCGGCCGCGCCCGCGGCCGGCGCCGCCGACGCACCCACCGCGGAGCAGCAGCAGGUGUGGGUGGCGCAGGCGGAGUGUGGCGCCCUGGCCGCGCCCGGCGGCGCUGCGGCGCCGCUGUGGCAGGACUCCCAGUUCCGCUUCUACGAGCUGCAGAUGCAGCAGCUUCAGCGCCAGCCACAGCCGCCCGCCGUGGUAGCGCCGGCGUCGGCCCCAGCGGAGCCACCUCUGCACCAGCCUCGCGCCGACGGCGGUGCCGAGGCGCUGGCUGUGCAGAUGGGUUCCGCCUUGCUUGUGGGGAGGGGGGCCGGGGCCGCCGUGUGGGUUGGAACCGUGCCCGUGCGUGGCGGUCAACAGCAACAGUAA